AUGUCGAAGCAGGCCCUCAAUCUGGAGGCGAUGGAGCGCCGGGCGCGGCCCAUAUACGACGCCCUGGACGCCCGGAACUGGAAGGCCGCUCUGAAGCUGGCGAACGCCGCUCUCAAUAAGCACAAGGACAGUCAUCUCAUCAAGGCGCUCAAGGCUGUGGCGUUGGAGAGGGCUGGCAAGCUGGACGAGGCUUUCAAGACAUGUGAGGAAGUACGCCUGGCUGUGCCAGUGGAUGACCAUGUCCUGCAGACACUCUGCAUGGUGUACCGUUCUGUGGAGAAGUUAGGAUGCCUCACUGAAGCCUAUGAGGCAGCUUGCCAGAAACAGCCCAAGGACUAUGACCUGCUGGUGGGGCUUUUUGGCUGCUAUGUCAGGGAAGACAACUUCCCAAAGCAACAGCUGGUCGCUAUGCAGAUCCACAAACUAGGGGCCUACCCUGUUCGCUACUUUUGGUGGGCCGUGAUCAGUCUUGUGCUCCAGGCCUGGGGUGAACUGUCAGGAGUGCCAUCACCCCUGGGCUGUGUCACUUCCCUCAAGCUGGCCAAGUCAAUGGUGUCCAAACACCUCAAGAUGAGUGGUGCCUACGACGGGUUCGAGUCGCUCUUGCUGUACUUGGACAUUUUGUAUUGCCAGGACCAACCCGAAGGCGUUCCAGAGCUCCUGGAAAGCAAGUUGGCAAGCCUGUGCCCACAGAGCAGCGAUCGAUUAAGGCUGCAGGCUCAGCACUGCAUCAGGACAGGAGACCUGAAGGCAGCUGCAUCCAAGCUGACUCAAAUCCUGAGGACAGACCCUGACGACUGGUACGCCUUCAUCCUGUGCAUGGACUGCCUCCUGCCAUCCACGUGCCCAAAGGGGGUUUCAUCCCAGUGGGCAGAGAUGUUUGUGGAGUCAUGUCAGAUGGCCAAACGGCUGGAGGACUCGUGUAGCGCUGACCAAGCAGGCCCAGGCCAGGUGGAAGAUGAUGACCCCAAGGCUGCUGAGGCGGUUGUUGACUUGGUGGCCUCCCGAGUGGGGGAGGGCAUGGGCAGCCAAGAGGGGGCGAACGGGGAGAACGGGGGCACCAGUGGCGAUGCGUCCAGCCAGGGGAAGGAGGACAAGGAAGGCAUCAGGGAGCGCCACAAGCUUGGGGAAGGAAAGGACACUGGCUUGCUGCGGAGACGGGCGCUGGCUGAUCUUGAAUUCAGUGCCAGGAAAGUGAAGAUGGGCCAACAGGACCAUGAACAACUUGCUGAUGUGCUCUUGAAUGCCUUCAGGCAGGUGGGUGUGCACAGGAGUUGUGCUGCCGAUUUGCAGACCUAUGUGCAGAUGCUCAACCCCGAUUCUGGUGCCAGUCUUGCAACCAAGGUUAUGACCACUGUGUCGGAUCUUGUACGGGAGGCGAACGCCGAAGGCGAUGAUUCUGCGUGUGCGUCAAAAUUGACACAUGCACUGACAGGGCACAAGAUGUUCAUGGACUUGGGCAUGCCGGGUGUGAAUACCCCUGAAGCAUCGGCAUCUUAUGCCCGUGAUGUGCUUGGGCUGUUCGACGCCUCUAUUCCACACCUGUCAGCCCUGGACAACAGGGAGCUGGGCCCUGCAGACGAUGCUGUGAGUGUGGCAUGUGCCGCCUUGAUGGCAGCACAACGCAUGCAGCCCACAAAAGACCUGAACGUGUGGAAGGCUGCUGCAGUUGUGAACGCCGGCGUCUCGCACAGGCCAUUCAACCCACGUCUAGUGCUGGACCUGUGUGCUCUGUUUAGCCUGCUUGGGGCCCCACGCCUAGCGGCCAAGCACCUGCAGCGGCUUGAGGUUAAGUACAUACAGCUGGACACGCUAGCCAGCCAUUUCAGCCUACCAGUGCUUCUCAGCAACUGCUGCCACAAGGAGGCUAGCGAGCUGGUCCUGGAGAUGCUGGCGCUGUUCCAGGGACACCAACGGGAUGCUGGGGAGACGCUGCUGAUGGCCUACCAGAAGGGGACAUAUACCAAGGUCCUGGAGUUCAUCGCCUUCAAAGAGAGGCUAGAGCUAUCCCACAGCCAUUAUCUGGCACAGGUGGAGAAGCAGAUGCUGGAGCUCAGGGAAGCAUGCCUUCGUGACUUGAAGUCUGCUCAGCAGCAGGUUCGUGCCAGCUGCAUCGCCCUGCCUCUAGCCUCUGCACUGAAUGGGAAGAUGGACAACCUGAGGUUCAACGAGGACCUUGGGGCCCGUCCCUCCUGGUUUUCACCACCAACUGGGCCUUACCACCUCGGCGUGUGGGAUGAGUGGCAGGUUGAUGGCCGUCCCACUGAGGAAGAGAGGACUUAUGCAACCUGGUGGACCAAACCCGAGUCGACCAGUGGAAAGGAAGCCGGUGACUGGCAAGAGAUGCAGCAUAGGUGCCUCAGGCGGCGAUGGCUCCUGCCACAUGCAUUGUCUGGCCUUCUGAUGUGCAAUGAUGGCAUGGGCUGGAUUCAGGGGCUUGAGGCCAUCGCCUCGGACAUGGAAACGAGCUUGGAAGACUCACUCGAAUUCCUUGAGGCACAAUUGCAAGCACACAAGACUGAUGACAAUGCCCAGGGAAAAUCACUUCGGAUAUAUCAUGGCUUGACGUUGGCACUUGUUUCUCUUGCUGUGCCCAUGCAGGAACUCAUCUGUGGCCAGGAUGGGGCUUCUGCAGAGGCUGACGGCCCAGUCCAGCAGGUGGUUAGGGGCGUGGAGCUGGUGCGGGCGUACUUUGAGAAGGCCAUAGCUCUGGAGGUGGCCAGCCUAAAGGAGGGUUUUGGUGUCAGGCGGUGUGGAGGGAUUGUGGGGGCGCUGCUCCACGAGGAAGCGGCGUGGCUGGCGUUAGCGAUGCAGGGCUGGUCUCGCAAAAUUUUGUCCUUCCGAAAGAAGAAAGGAUCCAAGGGUGGUGACAAGGACGCCGUCCUCCCGUGGGAGACCCCGCUGAAGGCGGCCCUCAAGAGCCUGCAGGGGAGCUACCUGGAGGCCAUGAAGCAGCUGCAGGCCGCCCUGUCUGCGGGGGCCUCCCUGGCCAAAGAGGAAGAGGUGGCCAGAUUGGCGGGGCUGCUGCAGGUGGACGGGGACCAGGACUGCUGGGGCUUCUGGCCCACGUGCACUAGCAAGGACGUCCUGAAAAUGAUGGGCCAGGUGGUGGGGGAGAGGGUGGAGAGGCUGGGCCAGUUGGCCCGCGUCGCAGAUGGCAGGAUACGGAUGGCGAGCUCCGUGAGGAUUCCGUGA